UAACUUUUGUUUGCUUCAGUUUGGUUUAAAACUCCCCCAGUGAAACAACUCGUGUAAAAUAAUGUCUGGCGCAGGUAAAGUUUAUAAAAAACACAGAGCCCGUUCAAAUCGGGCUGGAUUAAAUUUUCCAGUAUCACGUGUUUUACGAUAUUUGCGUAAAGGUCGUUACGCUGAGCACAUUCAAGUUGGUGCUUCUGUGUAUAUGACUGCGGCUCUAGAGUAUUUGGUUGCAGAAAUUCUUGAACUAGCUGGUAAUUGUGCUACCCAAAAUAAAAGAAAACGGAUCAGUCCUCGUCAUAUACUUUUAGCUAUAAAAGCUGACGAGGAACUUGAUAAGUUACUUCAAAAUGUUACAAUUGCUGAAGGAGGCGUAUUCCCACAUAUUUCUGAACAGCUUUUACCCAGGAAAAGCCAGUUCAAGAAAAAGAAGUGA